UGCAGUCAAAAUACAAGCUGUAAAUGGUAUUUUAGCAAUUAUACCAGAUGAUUUUUCCAAUAAGUACAUCUUACUAUUGUUAGAGGAGGGAAGAGUAAAACUUAGAUUUCAUUACGGAAUGUCUUAUGUUGGAACUGAAAGCAUGGAACACAUUUUAGCGGAGGAAUGGAUUCAAGUAGUGGUAGUUCAAGAUGGUAAAAAGUUAUACAUGCAAGUUAAUGGAAAUGAGAAGAAAUAUGUACCUUCAAUUUCUGAAAGUAUUGUUAUAGCUGGAACCAAUAUAUUCAUAGGAGCUAUACGCGACGAAAUAAGGGAAAAGAUAUGUCCCAAAUGCAUAGAAAUACCACAAAUGAGUUUUACUCUUGGAUAUCUUAAUAUAGAUGGAAAUGAAGUAGAUCUGUUGUCACUACCAGUUUUAGAAACAACGAGUAAACAUUAUGCAAGUCGUAUUGUUAGUUUAUCUGAUUACUAUGAAGAAGUUUCAUUACCGUUAGGUCAAGAGCUCAAAUUAUCAUGUUUCUAUGAUAAAGUUCCUCGUGAAAAACAAAUACAUGUAACAUCCAAAAAAACGUAUGUUGCAUGGUUAUUACUGGAUAAACUACUUUAUUCUUACGGAGACAGUGACUUCUAUCACAUAAAAGACAAUGGUCGUGUCAGUACUAUUAGUAUUGCAAGUUACAUAUCUCGUAAUCAAAUUGAAAAUGUUUAUUCGUGUCAUAUUCAUCGUUAUACAAAUAAAUCGUAUAGACUUUCAGACCGAGCUACUUUCACAUUUGGAAUUAUUGUAACUGAUAAAAAUAGAGAAUUUGAAACGUUAAUUUGGAGAGAAUGGUAUUUCGUUUGUGGGAUUAUAAUUGUAUGUUUCACAUUUAUAUUGAUUUGGUGGGUAUUGGAAGGAAUACAAGAAAUUCGGAAAGGGUAUGGCUUUUAUAGACUUCCAGAAAUAUUAAACAAUGAUCCUACUUCCAUUAUAAAUUUUGUUCAGUCUAAAAAUGGAAUGACUUUACUUGGUGGUCAACAAGCUGUAAAUGAAGUUGCAUUAGAAAUUACAAACAACAAUUAAGGUAUUAACAUGUUAAACUGAUGGGUCCCCGAUUAAAAA